AGUUGUACUAUUUUUAUUCACAAUUGGCAAUCGGUUUAUGUUUUGAUUUAGGCAGAUAUUUGUGCUCAGAUAUUCUGGCGUUUAGAAUAGAGAACCACUGUUUCAAGCCCAUUACUAAUAAAGUUUGGGAAAUUGAAAAAAAAACUGUGUCUUGAAUAAGCUAGGAUUUCUAGCUAUAAGGAAAUAAUACCGUAAAUGAAAAGCUCACUUGCUUCUUAAAAUGGUUAAACAUGAUCAGAGGCCAAAGCUGGGUCCCACACAAGUAGGAAGACUUCCCAGGGAGAUUGCAGACAUGCAGAAUUUAAGUAAUGAGAGAACAGAGUAUUACUGUGGGGAGCACAGACGGAGGCUGGAAUUAUUUUGCCAGGAAGAUGAAACCUUUAUCUGUGUCCAAUGUGUGCCUACUCACGCCAGUCACACUUUUAUUUUUCUGCACGAGGCAGACAGCAUCAGUAAGGACAAAUUAACAGCAUUCCUAUCAUUUCUGGAAUCCAAAGUGAAUGCCUUUCAGGACUUUCAAAAAAGGCUUAAAAAGGAACUGAUAAAUAUACACGAAGAUGCCCGUAGUUUGGAGCAGCAUAUCACAACGGAGUUUGCAAAACUACACCAAUUUCUACUAGAUCAUGAAUACAAACAUAUUCAGCAGCUGAAAAGUAUAGAAGGAGAGAUCCUGGAAGAGAUAAAAGUAAACAUUGAGUACAUUAAAAAUUACAUGAUCAUCCAAGAGGCGAUAUGUGAUGUUAAUACUAAGAUCAAGCAGAAAGAUGCAGAAAUUCUGAUAGAGACAGAAGAACAGUCUGGAGGCAUUAAAAAUGAUGCUCAGAUCAGGCAUGAAGCAUUGUCUGAUGUACAUUUGAAAUUGGAUAGUAUAGCAGAGGUACUGAAAGAGGUGGGAGAAAAUCCUGACUGCAGUGAAUAUAGUGUUAUAGACACCCAAGUCACAGUGUUUGAUGGUGAUUUGUGGAACAAGAAUGAAGAGGCAAAGAUGUCAGAAAUUAUGAACGAUCCUUUUGAAUGCAUCAAGAAUGACAUUACAUUGACUUGCAAAGCAGAGUUUGAUGUUGACUUGGAAGUCAAGAGUAAAGAAAUAGAGGUGUUGAAAACAACAAGAGAAAAUCUUGAAUGCAGUAAGUUGAAUCUUGUGGCCACCUUGAAUGAAGUUCCUGAUAAGUUUGUGCUUAUGAGUAAAGGAGGAGAUAUUCCAAUAGAGGCAGAUGAAAACAGUGCUAAGAAUGUAAGUAUGGAGAUAAAGAGUGAAAAUGCAGAAACAGUGUUUCUGAAAGAAAUUGAAGAAGCCACUAAAUGCUUAAAACAUGAUUUUAUACCUGCCCAGAGGGCAGUACCAUAUGUUAACUUGCAGGACAGAGAACAGGAUGAAACCACUGAAUGCUUAAAACAGGAUUUUAUACCUGCCCAGAGGGCAGUACCAUAUGUUAACUUGCAGGACAGAGAACAGGAUGAAACCACUGAAUGCUUAAAACAGGAUUUUAUACCUGCCCAGAGGGCAGUACCAUAUGUUAACUUGCAGGACAGAGAACAGGAUGAAACCACUGAAUGCUUAAAACAGGAUUUUAUACCUGCCCAGAGGGCAGUACCAUAUGUUAACUUGAAGGACAGAGAAGAGGAUGAAACCACUGAAUGCUUAAAACAGGAUUUUAUACCUGCCCAGAGGACAGAACCAUAUGUUAACUUGCAGGACAGAGAACAGAAUGAAACCACUGAAUGCUUAAAACAGGAUUUUAUACCUGCCCAGAGGGCAGUACCAUAUGUUAACUUGCAGGACAGAGAACAGAAUGAAACCACUGAAUGCUUAAAACAGGAUUUUAUACCUGCCCAGAGGGCAGUACCAUAUGUUAACUUGGAGGACAGAGAACAGGAUCGUUCUGGACUUUUAACAGUAAGCUUGCUUUGUUUUUGCUUUACCAUGGCUUAG